AUGGCCCAAGUACAAAAAGCUCAAAAUGCAAGACUCUCUGAUUUUUCCACAACUCUCAGACGCACGCAACCCAAGCGGAUCCUAAUGAAGGACUUAGUGAUUAAGAAGGGCUUGGAAAGGCCAACUGGAUAUUUCUUCAUGGUGGUCACUUCUCCUAUGAAACGGGAAUCUGACCCAGUCCCAGAAAAUUUCGUUUAUCAGGGUCUUUUCUCUCCGGAAAUAGAGAGUGCACCAUGGGUCAUUGUUCGAGACCGCUAUCACAAAGACCAAAUGAUUACUUUCCCGAUUACUCUGUGUGGAGGCGUGUAUGAGAGCCUACAAACUAUGGUUUCUAAGAGAAAUGGAGAUUGGUCAUUUGAUGUCACCAAGCUCCAAAAAUUCCAACUGAUGGAGUCAAUCUUGAACAACUUUAUUGACUGUCCAAAUGAAACGGUGCAGAAUGAGAUUUCUGCUGAUGCUGACUCAAAAGAUAAGUCAGACGUACUAAGUGAUGAUGAAAAAAAGAGGGUCUGGCUAAGAUCAGGUCCUGUUAACCCUCCUGAACCAAAAGCGGACCUGCCCCCUCAUAAGAGAACCACUUAUUUGCGAGUCUAUGAAGAACUCGUCCCUAAUCUUUUAGCCUUUUUGCUUGAUAUUAAAACACGCUAUUCUCAGCGUGAUGUUAGCCCCGAAAAGGCUGUUUCAAUGUUAUCUGAUUCUGGAGAACGAAGGUUUUUCUUUGAUGUGCGUAAUACACGAUACGGCUAUCGCCUACAUAUAUCUCAAGUGUCUAACAAGAACCGAAUGGUAAUUGGAAUACCACUGGAGUCAGUUGUUAUGGCUAGAAACUGUCUGAAUGAGGUAAUUGAGAACUACAGUCUGGCAGAGGACAACGACCGAGCAACUCUUCGCAAGUACUGCCAGAAUGUCAUCCUUGUCAGGAGAAAUAGGAGAAGCGACAAGAGCUGCUCUGGUGAGAAUGAAAAUGCCGAUAAGUCUACUUCACCUCCAACAGCUAAUGCGAAUGGGAAGAAAAUUGUGACCGGAAACAAGCGCUCAUGA